CACACACACACACACACACAUGUGGGUGUCAUAUUCGUGUGCUGUGGAAGUCGUAUUCCUUAUUUAUGUUAAAUAAAUAACCACAUUAUUUUUCUUAAAGAACUCCAUCAUCAAAAUUGUACCAACAAAAACUGAAAGUGCAGAAUAACCCAUAAUAAUGAUGUAUUAAUGAUAAUGAUCAGCUAGUGUGAGAGGAAAGUGUUUCAACUGUACAAGCUUAACAUACAUAAGUAACGUUAUAUGGUUGUGAGUCCAGCUCCUGUGAUGUGGAACAAUAAUAUCACACAUGAGCAUCAAGUCAAGCUCCAGAGUGGAGAGCACAUCCCGCCCGACGUCUCUGAUGCUCUCCGGUCAUUCUCAUGCAGAUGGUCCGACACAUUCGAUCCGUCGUGCACAGGUUCGGGUUUAUUGUCUAGAACGAGGAGAGUAAAGAAGUCCACCCGACCCUCCGCUGUCUACGCCGCGCGCCGCGCCGCAGCCCCCUCGGGUUUCGGUCGGGGCGGACUCAUGUAUGAGCUCAGGCGGGUUCUCACAGACACGGCGGCGCCAGGUCUUCACACACUCACAGGAUAUGUAAAGACUUCAAUAACGAGCCAUUAACCCCUAAUCAUCGGGAUCGAUCGGGCGUUAACAAGGGCCUCUACAUAUGCAAAUGACCAGGGCGCUAUAAAAGCUGACCCCCCUGGCCCAGGGGAGCAUCGGGGGCAGAUAGCUGCUGCAGCCACACACACACGCGCGCGCGCACACACACUUGCUCUGACAUUUGGUGACGGUACAGCUCACUGAGCAGCACCGGGAACAUGUUGAAAUACUUCUCCGCGGACUGGUUGGCGCAGAGCCACCGCGACACCGCGCCGGCCGAGGCGCGCGGAGCCGCAUGCGUGGACUCCUUGCCGGCCUGCAGGCCCCACAUGCCGUGCAUGGUGCAGCCGCGCCCGCCGAGCUUUGGCAAGGGGUACCUGCAGCCGAAGCCCAAAGCAUCACCUCAUGCGGAGAGCAGCCGACAGGACUCCGGCCUCCACUCCUCCUUCCACCCGCCGAGCUGCGCCUCUCCGGUUUCAGAAAUGAGCGGCUACUCCUCCGGGUAUGAGAGCGAGGCCGCCUCCUCCUCUUCCUCCUCCGGGUGCCUCUCCGUGGACGAGGGCAGCGACGCGGAGAAAGACGCGGCGCAGCGCCGCGUGCGCACGAAGUUCAGCCCGGAGCAGAUCAGCAAGCUGGAGAAGAUCUUCAACAAGCACAAGUACCUGGACGGCGGAGAGAGAGUGAAGACGGCGCAGAGGCUGAGCCUCACCGAGACGCAGGUGAGGACCUGGUUCCAGAACAGGAGGAUGAAGCUGAAACGGGAAUUCCAGGACUACCUGGCUCCCCAACUCCCCCCGGUGUUGUUCCAGUCUCUGGCCCCGGGUCACCAGUACCACGGAGCGGCCUUCUACCCGGCCCCCUCCCCGCAGCUGGUCCUCCAGCAGCAGCUGCGCCCCCAGCAGCACCUCCACCACCUCCACCCUCCUCCUCCUCCUCAUCUCAUGGUCCGCAGCCCACAUUUCUACUGAAGAUCAAGCAGACAGACUUUACCCACCGAAACACUUAGAAUCCAAAGUGCAAUCCAGAGUUGUUUUAUGUGAUGUGUGAUU